GCUCGAAUGGUACCUACUUGUCUCUGGUAAGAGAACCAAGAGAUAUAAACGACUAAUAAUAAAUCAUUUUUGGGUUGGAAAGUUUCUUUCCUGCUCUCUUAUCAAGGAUCGUAUGAAAUAGAAUCUAAAACUUGAAAGUUUCGCUGCGGGGGCAUCAUCAAGGAUUUUUGGAAAGAAAUGCGGGAAAUUUACCAGCGAGACGAAACAAAUCAAGAAAGCAAUUUUUUGUGUUUUGCUGUAAAAGACGAAAAUUUUAGGGCAAAAUACGAACAUUUUCGCGUAAAAAUAAGUCAGUGAAUGUUGUCACAUUAGUUAAAAACCACCCUGCAUAAAUAAAUGGCUUCAUCAAUGAACGCACUAUAAAAACAGUAAAAUAGACAACAAAUGUGGCCAGUUGAAUGCGAAACGAGAUAGAGAUCAAAUUAUAAAAACAACGUCGCGGGAGACUGAAAGAUCUGAAAAUAAAACAGCAUCUAAAUGUCUCCGGAUUGUGUAAGUUCAGUUUCACACAAACUUUUAUGGUGUUUAUACUGAUAAUUGGCCCUGUGACGGAUUUUCCCAAAGGGUUUAAGUGUCUGGUGGCGCAAAACCCGAAAAACAAAAUGGAACAAAGGAGCGCUGAAUGUUCACGGGACAGAACCAAACGGCCAGUUCGAAAUAAGCGAUUUAACAGAAGAGUCUAUGGGGAAGAGAGACGCCCGCCGAAGCGGCUGUUUACUCCCGAAAUCAAGCGCUUCCUCAAAGACUGGCUGAUCAGACGAAGAGACAAUCCCUACCCGAAUAGAGACGAAAAGAAAGUGCUGGCAGUACAAACGGGGUUGACCUACAUCCAGGUUUGCAAUUGGUUCGCGAAUUGGCGGCGCAAGUUAAAAAACGCCGGCAAAGAGCCUCAAAGAAGAACCUGGGGCGACCUGAUUAAGACCUACAACAGUCAGGUGCAAGGGAACGUGGAGCAUUUCAGCAUCUGCUCAGAAGACAGCAUUUGGGAGGAACCGGAAGGCGCUUACACCAACAUAGAACUUCAAAGGUUCGAAGAACACUAUGCUAAAGGCCAAUUAGACCACAGCUACGGUCAGUUAUGCAACAACAACAACAACAACAACAAAAGCGAUCAGUGCUACUUUGUCAGCUCAACCACGGAGCUGGAUCAGGACAAUCCGUUCUCCCAAUCAGCCAAUAAAUACAAGAAUCACAUAAUGGAAAAAUACAUGCGGGACUGCCAGAGCUCUGGAGUGGUGGAAGCAGACAAGCCGGCGAUGAUCGCAAAGUGGCUGCAAAGCGCCGAGCGGUUUCGGCCUAAUGAAGGCAACUACAUCGACUGGUCGUUUAAUAAACCGCAGAAGAAAAAGCCGGCCAAAGUGGAGACUGAUUUGAUGUUAGUUCAUGGAAAGGAGGAACUGGAUGCGGCCGAGGCUCUGACUUCGCUCGCCAACUCCAACAGACACAAAUAGUGAGAGUAAUUACGUGGACAACUUGCUCAAAGUACCUAGUGCUCAAACCUUUAACUCUUAGAUUGUUAUACACACCAUUGAAAAAUAUAUUAUUUAUAUCAUUAGUCCAACCA